AUGGGGGACCAAGAAACCCUUUACAUAAUUGAAUCAAUUGUUGAGAAAAAAUUUUCCACAAGCCUCAACUGCUGAACCUACCAAAUCAAAUGGGAAGGCUUCUCCUCUGAAGAAAACACCUGGGAGCCUGAAGAAAACUUAAGAUCUGUGCCUGGACUUCUAGACCGAUUUAAUGCGGAAUGGGAAAAAAAGGAAGAAAAACUUAAAGAGCAACAAAAGAAAAAGCUUGAAAGACUCGCAAAGCAACGACAACGGCGUCAAGAAAAGCGCAAAGCUGAAACUCCAGGGAAAAUUCAAACUACUCUUGAUGAAGGAGAGCCUAGAAAGCGAAAAAAAGCUGAUCCCCCUAAAGACCUAAAAGAGCUUGUUAACAAUUCUCCACCAGAUUCUCCUGAAAAAAGUGAAGGCUCAAAAUCCCCAUUUCAAAACGAAAAAUCAGGCAUGGAAAAUGAAAACUCCAGCCAAGAAGAAACUCAGAAAAAUCCUGAAGAAGAAAAAGUAGACUUUGAAGAAGAAUUAAACAUGUCAAAAAAUGAAGGAGAUGAAAAUAAAAAUCCUGACGAAAAUAUCCAAAAAGCCAAAGAAUUCACAUAUAAGUUUGAGAUAGAAAAUGAUAAAGGCGACUUUAGCAAUUCUGAGCCUGCAAAAAUUUUGGGGUGCAGGAAGCUGUCAGGGGACGUUUAUUAUGCGGUGCUUUUUAAAGUAAGAAAAGAUGGGACUAUACCUUCUAUAUCACUGAUACCUCAUAAAGAAAUGGUUGCAAAUGCACCAAAGAUGCUGAGUGAUUAUUUGUUAGAAAAUUUAAUAGCUUCUUAA